AUGACCGCUCCCACGGCUUUCUCUCAUCCCCGUGGACGACAGGUCGAGCGAAUGAGCACGGGCGUCCAGAUGUGGGGCGUGACGCCGCCUAUCUCGCUGAGCGGGCCGACGGAAAAGGACUUGGAGAUUACCCAGGCCCUUGAGGAGGAGCUGCGUGCGAAUAAUGUGUUCGAGUCGUCGGAAGAGGCCAAGCUCCGAGAGGUGGUGCUCGGCCGCGUCGAUGCGCUUGUCAAAGAGUUUGUGUACCGUGCAUCGAUCCAGCAUGGCCUAUCGGAGAACGCGGCGCGUGCCUCGGGCGGCAAAAUCUUCACAUUUGGCUCCUACCGACUCGGUGUGCAUGGGCCCGGCUCGGAUAUCGACACGCUGUGCGUCGCUCCCAAGCACGUCCAGCGCGAAGACUUUUUCGAGAUCUUCGAGGCCCUGUUGAAGGAGCGCGAUGACGUCACGGAAGUAGCGGCGGUGCCAGAAGCGUACGUCCCGCUGAUCAAAACCAAGUUUAUGGGCAUCUCGAUCGAUUUCCUCUUUGCACGCAUUCCCCUGCCGCGCAUCGACGACGCACUCGAGCUGCGCGAUGAUAAUCUACUCAAGAACCUCGAUGAGCGCGACGUCCGCAGUCUUGGUGGCUCGCGUGUGACGGACGAAAUUUUGCGCCUCGUGCCCAACGUGCAUGUAUUCCGCCUGGCCCUACGCUGCAUCAAGCUGUGGGCCGGUCGACGCGCUAUUUAUGCCAACGUGCUCGGAUUCCUCGGUGGUGUUGCAUGGGCCAUGCUUGUCGCGCGCAUCUGCCAGCUGUAUCCAAAUGAAGUGGCGGGUGCGAUUGUGAGCCGCUUCUUUCUCAUCUUGCUGCAGUGGAAGUGGCCCCAGCCUGUGCUGCUCAAGCCUAUCGAGGACGGGCCCCUGCCUAUUCGCGUAUGGAAUCCGCGACUCUACCCGACUGACCGACUUCAUCGCAUGCCGAUCAUCACACCUGCAUACCCAUCGAUGUGCGCGACUCACAACGUCACACAAUCGACUCAGAUGGUCAUGACACAGGAGUUUCAGCGGGGUAGCGAGAUUGUCGACCGCAUUUUUCUUGGCAAGGCUACCUGGAAGGAACUUUUUGAGAAGCACGACUUCUUCCACAGGUACAAGUACUACCUGCAGGUCAUUGCCUCGUCCGGCUCGGCGGAUCUGCAGCUCAAGUGGGAAGGCACGGUCGAGUCCAAGCUGCGUCAGCUCAUCAUGAAACUUGAGCUUGUUCCCUCCCUGCUCAUUGCUCACCCAUUCGUCGACGGAUUCAAUCAUGAGUGCGUGUGCUAUACAGAUGAGGAGGUGAGACAGGUAGCCACGGGCGAAAUGCCGCCAGAGGUCGCCGCUCGCUCCAAGCUACAGGACCUGCCGCCAGAAGGCGAGGCCGCGAAGGUAAAGGAUCAGGAGACGCAAGACAACGCCUCAGACCGGCGAACCGUCUACACUACCACCUUUUACAUCGGGCUCAAAGUCGAGCCACGGCAAGCCCAUGAAACGUCCGUUCGCCGCUUUGAUAUCUCGUAUCCUACGUUGGACUUUACUCAGCGCGUCAAGCAGUGGGACCAGUACGACGAGUCAGCUAUGGGCAUUGUCGUCCGCCAUAUCAAAGGAUCCCAUUUGCCCGAUUACGUAUUUGAGGGAGAUCCACGUCCGAGGAAAGGGCCGUCGAGCAAGCGGGCUAAGAACAAGCAUUCAGAUUCGGCCACAGAGGACGCUGCGAAAAAAAUCAAGGUGUCGGAGGCUGUGCCUUCGACCACCCCAGAAUCGGGUUCGACGUCAUAG